UAGUGGUCAUGACUCAUUAGUGGACGAAGAUGUUGCGCACAAGGUGAAUUCACCUGGACAGCGAGAGACGAUGCAGCUGGCUGUGGUGGCUUGUGGAGAGAGACAUGGAGAAGCUGUCAACAUGCUCAAGACCGCAGCAAUGCUCAGCAGCCAAGCCUUGAGAUUUCACAUCUUUGCAGAGGAGCAGUUACACACCAGCAUAAAAACAGCACUGGAUUCCUGGCCAGCUUUCAUCCGAGCAAAAUUCAGCUAUGUUGUUCACUCCAUUUCAUUCCCCCAUGAGAACCAUGAAGAGUGGAGUCAGCUUUUCAAGCCAUGUGCAUCACAGAGACUCUUCUUACCAAUGAUGCUGAAGGAGGUGGACUCCUUACUCUACGUGGACACCGAUGUCCUCUUCCUGCAGCCUGUAGAGCUGAUCUGGGACAUGUUGACGCACUUCAACUCCACACAGUUAGUAGCCAUGGCACCAGAGCGAUUGCCGCGGAUUGCCUGGUGUAGUCGCUUCUCCCGGCAUUCGUAUUAUGGAAAAACUGGCAUCAACUCUGGCGUCAUGCUGAUGAAUUUGACCCGGAUGCGAAUGACACAAUUCAAAAAUGGCAUGACUUCUGUUGGUCUGCACUGGGACGAGCUUCUAAUGCCUCUGUUACAGGAAUACAAGCUUAACAUAACCUGGGGUGAUCAAGAUCUGAUCAAUAUCAUCUUCCAUUACAAUCCAGAGAUGGUAUUUACCUUCCCCUGCCACUGGAACUACCGUCCUGACCACUGCAUCUAUGGCAGCAACUGCAUCCUGGCAGAGGAAGAGGGUGUUUUAAUGCUACAUGGCAACAGAGGAGUGUCUCACAGCGACAAACAGCUAGCCUUCCAGGCUGUGUAUGACGCUUUCAAACAUUACAUAUUUGGAGAGGAUUUCAUAAAAUCAUUCUUGUUACCUCUGGAGGAGGCGCUGAACGGAACCACUCACACAUACGGUGGGAAAGUUAGUCAUUUCUUUACCAGAGGACUUGGAAUGUCUGUAAGGAAGAUCCAGAAAAUGCUUCCAGCAGGUGGCUGA